GCAAAACGAGUGUGCCCUGAGAAAAGAUGUGUUGUACCUGACUUGACUGAAUUAAAGUUGGAAUCUUCAUUGCGAUAAAGUUGUUAACAAGUUUACGGAUCUGUAAGUUAACUAGAACAAAAAGCACAGGGAAAUACGAGGUUGGAACAUUUAAAACUGGUUGGCUAAUAACUUAAACAUCUAUGAUUUAUAUUUAUCUUUUCUUAUUUGCUUUUUAUUUGCUCGUCUGCAUCCCUGAACUCUUCUCAAUUCCUCAAUAUAAAAUCCGAAAUCCCUGCUUGAACCCGUGCAUAGUAUGAAGCUCUUGUUUUCUCUCUUCUUUCGCUUCCUCCCCUUCCUUUGAUGGUUCACGAGAUGCAACUCGUUUUUGUCUAACAUCAGAUCAGUUUCACAAGUGUUUCAAUUAUGACUCUAUAGCUCUCGCUCGGGUGUCUGGGUUGUUGUUGGCUCAUAAAGAGCAGCCUGUGAAUUAUCUAUCCGGCACACGUCCAACCCCAACCACAGACUUACUACUAGAUGUUGAUACACCAAUACCAGCCCGAGAUUCUCUCUUCUAAACUUCAAAAAGAAGCUAUUUGCCCUUUUGUGAUGCCUAUCCAUUGAAUAGCAGUGAAAAAAGUGAAAAUCAAUCACACAUCGAAAGAUUAAGGAGGUCGCCGGCCGACACCCCGCCAUACUAUACUAUACUAUACUCAGAUCCAACAUCAGCAUGAAUGCCCCUCCCCGCCACGUUGUGGAAGCACAGUCGUAUGCUCCUCUUAUUAAUUUGGCUUCCAAUCCGCCUCGCUAUCCGAGGAAUCCAUCCAAGGCUCCCCUGAAACCCCUGGUGCUGUAUAUCGUGCGUGUGCCGGGUAAAAGAGACGUGUUCCUUUCCCCGCUCAAGCCUCCGACAGAAUCCAGCAUUUCUCCAGCUCUCAUCGAAGCUGCUCUCUAUUACAUCCAUGUCUCAACCCCGGACGAUAAGGCCGUCCUGCGUGCCAUUGAAGAGGAAAAGCGCCUCAACAAACCACUCCCACGCGUGAACCGAAAUCCUCCUCCCUUUGGUCUAUCGGCUCCCAUCCAAAGAAAACCUGUGCCGGGCACAGAGCUAAAACCGCCCUCCAUUCCCAGGCGACCAGUGUCACCGGAUACAAAUAUUCCUUUUCAAACCGGGGCUGAUAAUGAGGGUCAUCAUCAACCACGAACACGAACACGAAGCCCUCAGGCACCUGGAUUAGCGCCAGGUGGAUCGCCAGAGUCACAGAGGAAUCCCAUCUUGGCCCAACGACCUUUACCCCCUAUUCCUUCAGAUCCUAUCAAACACCUGGACCCCGAGGCAGCCCCGAAUUAUACCGACAACAAGGCGGGAAGUGGUCGAUCGAGACGUGACACACAGCCCGGGAAUCCAUAUGGGGGAAGUGAAUAUUUAACUCCACCGACCGCUCCGCAGUGGCGAGCUAGCUGGGAUGGCGGACAAUCGUCCAUCUUGCUCGGACAAAACCCAUCAUACAAUGUUGGAUACUCACGUCUUUCUCCCGAACGUACCUCCAAGGAUCACCAACGUACGGCCCCCAGUUUCUUCCAACAGGGAGGACGACGGAGCGGUGAUAAAACUAAAGAACCCCCUCCCCCUUUCCACCUGACUCUUAUACGUCGGGACACGACCAACAACGUCCAGUGGAACGUCGGGAACAUCACAAAUUGCAUCUCCCAAUCAUCCCCCGAAGUAGCAUUGGACGGCACGAUAACCAUCGAAAUCCUCACGCUUGGCUAUAAGAAACUAGGUGCUGAGAGCAUCUCUUUCGGCGUAAAAGAACGCCCCUCCUAUCCCGACCCCACCGCUAAUGACACCACGGACGAUCCGCGAAGAUUCAUCCGCCACCUCACCCUCACCAACCGGCAGAGCCAUCGCGGCCACGGGAGUCAUCACAGCAAUGCAUCAAUCAACAGCCUCCCGCCGCUGAACCAGACUACAGCCACCACCAAGACCCCCCCCUUCAAAACCACAGCGAGGCAAAUACUAUACCUUCAAAUCACCCUGGGACGGCACUUGCACCUUCGUCACGGGCCUCAACGGCCGAAGCCUAAAAUGCAAACACACAAUCCCCUUCACACACCCCGCGCUCGCCGGCCUAAAUCUCCAAAAUCUCACCAGCAGCGACGAUGCCAACUACGACCCCAACACCCCGCCCAAUCCGCAUCUGAACCUUCAAAAGCUCCAAUCAGCCCUCGAAGCCUCCGCUGCCGCCGCCGCCGCCGCCGCAGCAGCAGCACAAUCAUCCCCCUCCUCAUCGCCAGAAUCAGUACUGGGCUCCACAGCAACAGCCGCAGAACUCCGGUUCAAUCUACCCAUAUUCUCCACGCCGCAUAAGAACAAUAAUCACCACCAGCAGCACCAGCACCACCAGCAACAGCAGCACCAGCAUCAAUAUACCCAGCACGAAAAAACCCACCACAGCAACACGCAUUACACGCGCAGCAGCAGUACCCACACGCCCGCGACGCGCGCCGUCAGACUGCGCAGCCAAGUCGAGGAGUUCGCCGGCCGGCUGGAUCUGAGUCUGGGCCGCGAGCGGGCGGGCGGCGGCGUGUUUGGCAAGAGCGCGAAGUUGGGUAAGUUGAUUGUGGAGGAUGAGGGGUUGAAGAUGCUGGAUUUGGUUGUGGCGGCGUGCAUGGGGGUGUGGUGGGGGGUUUAUGAUAAUUUGUCUCGGGGGAAAGGGGAGUGAACUGAGGGAAGGAGGAGGAGGAAAAGGAGGGGGGGUAAGAGGGGAAGGUGGUGUUUUUUUGAGAUGGGGUUUGUUUAUGGCAUUAGUCUAUUGACGUAAGGAGAUCUGGAUCUAUUUUCGGGUGGCGGUGGGUAGGGUUUUUAGAAUUUUUCGGGAGGGUUUUGGGGGUGUUAUGACAUGGUAUUAUAUGUAUGGACUAGAUAGGGUACAAGAUCAAGAUAUGGUUUGAUAGGUGAUAUGAGAUGAGAUGUUAAGAUGAUAUGUUUGUGUAUGUGUUCUCCCUUUCUUCUCAAUUCCAGAGGAUAGUGAACAGAUAGGAUAGUUAUAUCUGCAGAUAUAUAGAUAUAAAAAACCAGUCUCCUCAAGUCAAGAAUUCCACCAAAGCACACCAGACACAUUGUCGCUCCCUUCUCCUUUCCUUUCCUUUCCUUUCCUUUGCUACCCUAUCCCACUAUCCCAUCCGCCCAGUUCAGCCCAGACUACAGACUAGAAU